AUGCAGUUCACCAAGUCUAUCGUGGCUACCGCCCUUGCUCUCUUCGCUUCCAGCGCUGUUGCAACUACAGUCGAUAUCGCCUACACCUCUAAUGGCGUUUACUACAACCAGCAGGUGGAGUCUGAUGUCCGUACUUAUUUGAGUCAGCCUGGAUCCAUCAGCACUUUCCAGAACACUGCCAAUUGCUAUCUCUUCUCCUACUCUGGCCAGGAGGUCUACUAUGCUGCCGCGGGUGCGACGAACAUCAACCCCCCAGUCUACGCUGCAUUCGUCCAGUGCCAAGACCCCUCCUCUACCUAA